AUGCAAGAGCGGCCUGACCGACAUGGAAGCACGGACGACGAUUCCGCAGGUAUAGCGCCGACGAUAUUUCGGGAUACCGUCUCUGAGGCGCGGCGCGUGGCAGCCGAGUACGCAAUUUUCGCGGAGAUUGGUCGCGUCAUCAGUUCCUCUCCGAACAUCCAUGAUGUCUAUGAGGGCUUCGCCUCGCAAGUUCGUAACGUCAUCCCAUUCGAUCGGCUGGUGAUCAACACCAUCAACCUCGACUCCGGAACGGUAGUUACGCUGUACCAGUCUGGGGAGAAUAUCCCUGAGUGGGCACCGGGGCUUGUCAGGCCGCUUGCUGAUUCGCCUACUGAUUGGAUUGUCAAGAAUCGAAGCGGCCUGGUUUUCAGCCCCGACUCCGAGCAGCUAGACCAAGAGAGGUUCAUCAACCAGUCCCCAGUCCUAAUGAAGGGGUUGAGAUGGCUGGUUGCCGUGCCUCUCAUAUCUCGGAACGAGAUUAUCGGCACGAUGCACUUCAGGUCGAGCGACCCAAAUGCCUAUAGUGAGCACAGCCUUGAACUGGCAGAGAGGGUUGCUUCGCAGAUUGCGGGAGCCUUAGCCAACUCGUUGCUAUACGCAAAGCAGGUGGAAACGCAGACUGCGCUCGAAGAGACUCUGCGCUUAGAGCAGCGUCUGGUACAAGAGCAGGCGCUCUUCGCGGAAAUCAGCAGGGUAAUCUCGUCUUCUAUGGACAUCAACGAGGUCUAUGAUGACUUUGCCGACCAGGUCCAGAAGCUGAUAACGUUCGACCGGAUAUCACUCAGCCUCCUGGACCGGGAAGACGACACGCUGACCAACACUUAUGUGAUUGGGCUUGAAGCAGAAGGGCGUCGCGUUGGCGAGAAGUUUUCUGUGCUGGACACGCCGGCGGAAGACGUAGUACGAACCGCACGGACUAAUUUGGUUCAGGGCAGCGCCGAUGUGCUCAGGGCGCGCUACCCUUCGAUGGUGUUCCACAACAUGCGCUCCGUGGUUAUGGCGCCUCUGAUAUUCAAGAAUGAGGUCAUCGGGCUGCUCAAUGUUCGCUCGCUGAAGGAGAAUGCUUACGGUCAGCGGGAUGUCGAUAUGCUGACACAGGUUGCGCGGCUGGUAGCGGCCGCAGUAGCAAACACGCAGUUGUUCGCUCAGCAGAGCAGGCUGGCGACUUUCCCGAUGCACAACCCGAAUCCGGUGAUCGAGGCGAAUCUGGAUGGGUCUAUUACUUACUGUAACCCGAUUGCGCGUCAGCGCUUUCCAAACUUGACGGAUUUGGGACCACGCCAUCCCAUCAUGAAGGAUAUCAACGAGAUAAUCGAAGAGUUGACGGCAGGCGGUGGAUUUCAUUCUCGUGAAGUUGAUGUCGGGGAAGAGACUUACCAGCAACGCAUAGUGUAUAUCCCCACAAUCAAGGAGAUUCGGAUUUACUCCAACGACAUUACGCCGCGCAAGAGGGCGCAGGAGAAGCUGGCACGGCAGGCAGAUGAACUGGCGCGGUCAAACGCGGAGCUGCAAGAGUUCGCUUAUGUUGCCUCGCACGACCUUCAGGAGCCACUCCGGGUUAUUUCAGGGUUUACGCAACUGCUCUCUGACCGAUAUUCAGGUCAACUAGACGAGACUGCUGAUGAGUUCAUCGGAUAUGUGGUGGAUGGCUCGGAGCGGAUGAAGAUUCUCAUCAACGAUCUGCUGGAAUACUCCCGCGUGGGUACACAGGGUAGGCCCCUGGAGCCGGUAGAGAGUUCAAGCGCCCUGGAGCAUGCGUUGUCCAAUCUACGAGUCGCCAUGUCAGAGGCUGAUGCUCGGGUUACGCAUGACAGGUUGCCCAAGGUGCAAGGAGACAUCAACCAACUUUCGCAGAUGUUCCAGAACCUAAUCAGCAAUGCGAUCAAAUUCCGCGCCGAGAAUCCACCGAAAAUUCACAUAUCGAGUGUACAGGUCGGAGAGUCGUGGGUGAUGUCGGUUUCUGACAACGGCAUUGGGAUAGACCCGCAGCACAGUGAACGAAUAUUCGGUAUGUUCAAGCGACUGCAUGGGAGGGGCGAGUAUCCGGGGACUGGAAUCGGACUCGCGAUAUGCAGCAAGAUCGUGGAACGGCAUAUGGGGAAGAUUUGGGUCGAAUCGGAGCCUGGAAACGGGUCAACUUUCAGCUUCACGCUGCCGGUUGUAGAGGAUUAA